CUUCGCCGUCUGCUCCAAGGGUUUCAGCCACCACCACACAGAGAAAGAGAGACAGCGAAAAUGCCGGCGGGUCACGGAGUGAGGGCGAGAACCAGGGAUCUGUUCGCGAGAGGGUUCAGGAAGAAGGGUGUUAUCCCACUCUCUACCUACCUCAGGACCUUCAAAGUCGGUGAUUACGUGGAUGUGAAGGUAAAUGGAGCCAUCCACAAGGGUAUGCCUCACAAGUUCUACCAUGGUCGUACUGGUCGUGUCUGGAACGUUACUAAGCGAGCUGUUGGUGUCGAAGUCAACAAGCAGAUUGGUAACAGAAUCAUUAGGAAGAGGUUGCAUGUGCGUGUGGAGCACGUGCAGCAGUCAAGGUGUGCUGAGGAGUUUAAACUAAGGAAGAAGAAUAACGAUGUGCUCAAGGCUGCAGCCAAAGCCAGAGGGGAGACAAUCAGCACCAAGAGACAGUCUAAAGGUCCCAAGCCUGGUUUCAUGGUCGAGGGUAUGACAUUGGAGACUGUCACUCCCAUCCCUUACGAUGUUGUCAACGAUCUCAAGGGUGGCUACUAAGUUUUUCAUUUUUUUUCUUCUAUCUGCCCAAGAGUCUUUGCAUUUUGUUUUUUCUUUCUGAAUCAAGACUGCUUUUUAUAUUGUAUUAAGUGAUCGUUUUUCAUAAUCAUUUGCUUAUUGCGUUCA